AUGCCACCUCAGAGGAUGCAACUGGAUCAGACCAACAGCUCGACUGCUUUCACAACACAACCGGAGCAGCGUCCACGGCGGUCGACAAUCCACUCCACAACCCGUUCACAUGGUCCCUAUCGAGAGCAGCGGCAGAGAAUCAACUCGGACUUGGAGGCGGAUCAGGACGACGAGAAGCCCUUACCACUGGAUACCUUCUCCUCUUCAAGCAACAGCCAGCCUCACAGGUUGCACGACUCGGAUGGAGCCGCCUCGGACCAGUGGAAUCAACACCGACCCUCGGGCCAAUCCACAGGAGACUCUCAGGAUGCAACUCCAGUCUCGUCUCCCGUAUUUAGGACCACAGGGAGCACGGGAAAACGGUCUCUACAGCGCCCACCUCCUCCUCGACUUCCAGGACACGGCCGUUCUCAGAGCGACCUUAACCUCGAGUCGAUUUCUCCUGGAUUAAAUCGCUCAGUGUCCUCUCCCCUGGCAAGUCCGAUCACUGCGACAGCCAACUCUCUGACAGCCCUGACAAUCUCCUCCUCAGGACCAUACGGUGUUUCUGGUCGAGACCUCUCCAAGAUCACGGUCCCCAGAGAACGGAGAGCAACAACAACAGCGCGUCCGUACUCGGUUUGCUCGACAGAGUCUCUGUUGACCCAGGACCGUAUGAAGAAUGGCUUCGGAGUCUCACAUAGUACGAUCCAUCUGAAUCAAUUGUCAGACUCGGAGAUCUCAAGCGUGCACGACCACGGAACAAGGGGGCGUGGCUCAAAGGCAAAGCGAUCCCACGUGCAGCCGCCUCCUUCGCCCUCGCUCCCAACUGCCAGUCAAUCGUCUUCCUCCACCAAAACGCCUGUCGGCCUCAAGUCACCAACGAUGAAACCAGCCUCCCAACUUCGUGUUACCCUUUACAACCUUGUGUCCAACGGCUACCUCCCUGCAGAAACGCUGGUUGUCUUCCGGGAGCAUAGUGCCAUCAUCACGGCCAAAGGAACUCUGAUCCCUCAGAUGAAAGAGCCCGAUGCAAUGGCGAUCUAUCCUUGGCUUCAGGAUGAGUAUGAGACACCGAGUGCCUGGGCGACAGCGAUGGUCAAGGGAGGCAGGACAGGGAAGGUGGCAGUCAAUGGGUGGUCGGCGAUUAAAGUUCCAAUUCACCAAGAUUCCGAGCUUUCCAAGAAGUACGAGGGACUGGGAGUGGCGGAGGCCUCGCUGGAUGUCUUCAGGAAGAAGUAUCUGGCUGAGAUGACAGAUGACGGAGCUCUGGCGGCUGCAGACGACACCUCAUCAGGACGAGGAGGCAAAGAUGCGGAUUCGUUGGAUAGGAAGAAGCGGAAACGGCCAUUGGCACGCUCAGGAGAGGCGGCAGGACUACGAGUCACAACCACUGGAACUCGCAGUUACAAAGGCAAGACCGAGCCUACUCGACCAAGAAAGAGAACCGUUUCCGACCUCUCAGGGAUGGUAUCGUCAGACCUGCUCCAGGAUCGUCAAUUGCGUUGGGAAGCGGCUGGAGUCCUCUUCUCGAUGCAGGAUGACCUAAUGUCGCCUACGUAUGAUGGGUUUGAGCGACGGAGGACCCCCUAUCAACCUCGGUGGAGCCGACACAAAGGCAUUAUACCACUGGAAAGUCUUGAGAGGCGACGUCAGGAACAGGAGUCAAAGCGGAGACAUUCUUCAGCAUCUCGAUUGUCAGCCUUGAGAACACUGAGACCGUUGUCGCUGGUCCCAGUUGCCAUUCCUUUGCAGCUGACAUCUUCCAUGGCGCACAUGGAGUUUUGUGUUCUCUGUGGUGGCUCUGGUUCGACACCAAGAUCUCACAGACGCCAUUCCAACCAGAGUCACCAAUGGUCAAGUGCGGAGUCGACUGAGCCAGAAGUGGGUGACAUCAAGGCCGAUCGGGACGUAAUGAGACGCUGUUUUGAUUGCGGAGAGUGCUACCAUAUGGACUGUCUUCCCUCUGAUUCCCCUGGAGAUCGCGACACGUCCGUACUGGAUGAGUCCUGGCGCUGCCCUCGUUGCACAACAUGUCGGCUUUGUGAAAAGUCUGUCCAUGAGCAACCGCCUGCCUCAGUAUCUGUCGGCUCCCCAUCAUCGGAAGCUAUACCGUUGGUGGAGACUGACUCGAUCAAGGCCUUGGUAUGCGAUCACUGCCACGAGUUCACUCAUCUUCAAUUACUUGAGGAAAAAGGCAACGUCUGCCCCCUCUGCUGUACCAUCUACCAGGACGACGAUUACGAGACCCCAAUGAUAUUUUGCGACGGUUGUUCUCAUUGGGUCCAUGUCGCUUGUGACAAAGGCCUUGAAGACCGCGACUAUGAGGAGCUCGGCGAGGACUCUAAGCAGUACAUCUGCCCGUCGUGUAUACCCACGCCGAUACCGUCGCCGGCGCUUUCCUCUUCGUCAUCCAUCUUGUCGACCGCACACUCAAACGAUGAGAGCUCUUGGACUGGUACUUGCGGUCACGGAUUGUUCGGUGCCGCGAGCUGUUUUGACUGCAGCAAGGAGAUGCAGGCCUACAACGAGGACGAUUGGCACAUCAGGAGCAGUAAGAAGAAGGACGACAUUCUCGAUCUUCUGAAAGCGGCCAAGGAGAUAUCGGACUCGGAGUCUCGUAAUACAUCGCCCUACACCUCCUACGCCCCCAUGUUUCCGACUACGCACUCCAGGACAAUGUCUACUUCCCUGGAGUCGGUGGCGGAGGUAGCGGCAGCCGAGGCUUUACUUACGAUCUUUAGUGGAGCAAGCACACCCAUCAGCUCGACACCCUAUACAUCGUAUCCUCCGUCGCCAUUUGAGCCAAGUUUCAAUGGACCUUACGACCGUCACUACUCAGUCAUCAACAGCCCUAACGACCACGCACUACUGGUAGGAUCCAUGGGUUAUACGCCGUCAUCUGAUCAAGAAUCGACUGGAUCCUCACGCGAUCGCUAUGGCUUUCCGCAGGAGGACUACUUCAACAGUCGGUCAUACUCUCGUCCCACUAUUCCUUAUCACCAUAUCGGACAAGAGCUGGAACUCAUGUCGGCACAGCCGAAGCUGCCUUCACGACAAGAGCAAGCCAUGGAGCCGGGGGAUGUUGUUAUGGAGGAAGGACGCGCUGGACUGCAAUCUCCCUCUUACGCAGUGGUUCUGCUGCCAGUGACCACUCGGUAUUGGGGCGUUUGCUUCCACUCACCCUACAGAGCUAUGGCCAUUCUCGACAAGACACUGACUCGACUACAACAUCAAGGGCAGUCAUCCAACAACGCUGUUGUCAUGGAUCACAAGCAGCGGACGAUAUUGUGCUCAAUGCACUACCGAGAGAUCUCGACACUGAACAACCUGCGAUCAACUGCUUACGCACUUGAGUCAUCUGUACCAUCCUCCGACUGCUCUGCUCCUUCCGCCCAUUCCAACCCUCUUGUGCCACCUGUUACUCUACGUACGGCAUGGACGGGGCCUUACUGGAUCAAGAACUCGUUGUUGGCUUUGCAGAACGCUGAUGCCCCAGAAUCGGUCGUACAGGAGACGAGCAUUGAUGGGUUCAGGAUCGGAGGACUCACCAUUCACACCUUUGGCAAGUUCGACUCACCCGAGUCAGUGUACAGCGAGACAGGACUCGCGAACGAUGUGGAUCUGGAAGCUUGUUAUGAGAUGGUCUCUGAUAAGCCCUUGGCGGACCUGGGGCCUCGAGAUCGAGUCUUGGCGUUGCCUCUGGGUUUCAAAUGCUCGAGAAGAAUUGUGCUGAACGAACAUCGUUUUUGCGUUACGACUGCGGAGGUUGUCCAACGCCGGCGGCAGCCUCAAGGUUCUGUUGAGACAGUGGUAUCCACUGAGGCUGGUGACUUGGCGCACCCUGGUUCAGACGAGUUGGAUACUGCAUGGAAGAUUAUGAUGGUGUUCUCUGGCUAUGGUCCACCUCAAGAUUGCGAGUUUUUUGCAGACUCAAUGCAAGAUGCAGUGGACAGGAUCAUCAGCUUCUCCAGCGGCGACCUAGAUAACGAGCACCAAUCAUCGCAACAGUAUGGGCUCUACCUUCAUUCUGCAGACGCGUUCUUCGGGAUUGACCAUCCUUUGGUCCGCAACUCGAUCCGAGCAAAGAAAGGCGAAAAGGAAGUCGCUUCAAGGAUGUGGACCCGUUACCGACAAGUCCGACGGGCAGUCGACAGACAAUGCAGCAAGGGAGGGUGCAGCAACCAGUCACGGCGUCAUCAAGGCAGAGAUUCUCAGGAAGAUGACAACAGCGAUUGGGAGUCAACUACCGCCGCUAGGGUUCGAUUGAGGACGGGCAGUUUGUUGUUGAGGAAGAGGGUCUCUCGUAUCGGAAUCGCUCGCGGCAGAGACCCUUCGUCGUCGGGUGCGGCCGAGCUGAAGGAUGCGGACAUUAAGGAAACUAUACUGGUGCCUGGGCUCUUGCAGGAACUCAUCAAAGCAUCCACCUCAACAUCUUCCAACAACAGCCCUGAUGGUAUAGCGCCGACUGGAUCGAACAAAGUGGCCCUCACCAAGUCGCACCAGCAACAGGAGCGACAAGACUCACUUCUUGAACCCGAGGACGAGAAGACUCUACCUGCUCUUGAGAUGAAUAUGGAGCAGCUUCAAACCUUGCGCGCGGACCAGAUGAAGAACGUCGCCCUUUUUUGGAAUGGUCGGAAGAUGGUGUCAUCUCAGAUCAGAGCCGUCUUGACCCCCGUCGCCCAACCCUCUGAAAGUCCAGAGAGGCAGCCCCUCCCAGCUGCAGAUGGAGUGGACAAUGAUAAGGAGCCUUCAGCUCAGACACCUAAGGGCAUGGAGGUCGACGGGACUACUCAGAUGCAUUUAUACCCAGGAGGCUCCCAAGCAAAGCAACCCUCCAGCACAGCGGUGUCGUUGAGGCUCCUUCCGGAGGCACACGGGGAUGUGCGCGUUUACACGACAUGCUCAUUCAAGUCGGAUGAAGUGAUCAUGGAGUACACAGGAGAGGUAGUCCACCCUUCAAUUGCUGUCCGUCGUCAAGAGUCGUACCAGAGCCAAGGCCGGAGCUGCUACAUGAUGUGGUGCGAGUUCCAGGAUGCAGUGAUCGACGCCACGAUGCGAGGAGGGCUGGCGAGAUACAUCAGGAACGAGCACCGACACCUUCGCAAGCAGGACAACAACCCACAACAAAAGCGCACCGUCUAUGCCAGGACCGUCGUUGGACCAGGACUCCAAGGACCAAAAGUCGUCAUCUGUGCAGCUGAACCAUUGGAAACUGGAACCGAGCUCAUUCUUCGAUACUGCUAG